AUGUUUCUAGUUGGAAGCCUCAUUGUCCUCUAUGGGCUGCUGGCCCAGAGUUCAGCCCAGCUGGCAGGCCUGCCCUUGCCCUUGGGCCCGGGUCUGCCCUUGCCCUUGGGCCCGGGUCUGCCCUUGCCCCAAGACCAGGGCCUGCCUUCAGAUCCCACAGGUCAUCUUCCUGGAAGCUUCACAGAUGCUCUCAGUGGUGGCCUGCUAGCUGAAGGACUGCUGGGCACUUUGGAAAAUAUUCUACUCCUGGAUAUUAUAAAGUCUGGAGGAGGGACUUCUUAUGGCCUGGUUGGGGGCCUGCUUGGAACACUGACUUCAUCAAUCCCUUUCCUGAACAAUAUCCUUGACCUAAAAAUCACUGAUCCCCAGCUGCUGGAACUUGGCCUUGUGCAGAGCCCUGACGGCCAUCGUCUCUAUGUCACCAUCCCUCUGGGCUUCAUAGUCAAAGUGAAAACGCCCCUGGUUGGAAAUCUUUUGGAAUUGGCUGUGAAGCUGAACAUCACCUCAGAAGUCUUGGCCGUGAAAAACAAUCAGGGGAGGGUCCACCUGGUUCUCGGUGACUGCACCCACUCCCCUGGCAGCCUGCAGAUCAUCUUGCUCGAUGGAUCCACUCCCCUUCAAAGCUUUCUAGACAGCCUCACAGUGAUAUUGACUAAAGUCCUCCCUGACCUGGUGCAGGGCAAGGUGUGUCCUCUGGUCAAUGCGGUUCUCAGCCAUCUGGAUGUCACUAUGGUGCACGACAUUGCUGAAUUACUGAUCCAUGGACUAAAAAUUGUCAUCAAAGUCUAG